UUUUGGCUUGGCUUGGGUGGGACAAUUUUUAAUUUUUUAGUAUUGAAGUCACAGACACAGAACUGUAUAAAAAUAUUGAUUAAAGUAGUUAAAAGUUAAGAUAUGUAUAUCUACUGAUCGUGUAUCGUUCACGAUAAUAUUUAUUUUAAUGAAUGGUUUAUUUCAUAAAUAUUAAUAAUAUAUCAUGGAUUUUAAUUUGGCUGUAUUUCAAGAACCCCGAGGGGUGAUGAGAAUUGUGCAGUUCAUUUUCUCAAUUUGUGCAUUUGCUACAAUAACUGGAUAUACAGGAUUUAUUCAAAGUGAUUGCCAAAAUACGCUCACUAAGCACACAUUCGUUUACCCAUUUGAAGUAAUUAUCCAAGCAAAUAUAUCAACAAAUUGCAGUUUAAAUAUUGUGGGAGACUUCUCAUCAGAUGCCAAAUUUUUUGUUACUACCGGUGUGUUGGCUAUGUUAUAUUCAUUAGCUAUUAUGGUUGUAUAUACUAAACUGGAUAAAAUGUAUAAGAGUGACGCCAAGAUCCCUUUAAUUGAUUUUGUCAUCACUGUUAUUUUCGCAGUUUUAUGGCUGUCUAGUAGUGCAGCUUGGGCUAAUGGAUUAACUGGACUGAAAACUGAUACAACUGUAGUAUCGAACAAAAACAACUGUGCACAUUGCAACUUAUCGACAAGUAGCUACUCCACACUUAACAUAUCUGUGAUCUUCGGAUUUUUAAAUUUCUUCUUAUGGGCAUCAGAUUUAUGGUUUCUUUAUAAGGAGACAUCUUGGUUCCAAGGAAAUCAAAGACAGACUGGUGAUGGAGUGUAAAAAAUGUGCACUGUGUACAAUUUGUUCAAAUUGAACUAGUCAUUCUGCACAACAUUGUUGCUGCUAAAUUUCAAAUUAUUUUACUUUCAUUUGUACAAAUCAGUAUUUUUGAAUGUUUUGUAUAUCAAUAUUUUGUAUUUACAGCUACAGGGUGUCAUUUGACAUUAUUAAAACAUGUACAAUAAAAACAUAAACAUUUUCGAGGCACAUUACUAAAAUGUAAAUGAGAUAAAAUUAUGUAUGUUUAUAAUUAUAUU